AUGCCUCGAAAACAAUUUAUCCUCGACCUGGAGAAGGCUAGUACUUCUGACGCCUUUCCACAUAUCCAGAAUAUCCGACAAGGAGAUGACAAUGAGUCAUUAUGUUUCUCAUUUUUCAAUCCAGGAGACCCUCAGAUAGCAUACGAACUUCAAGUUGCGGUGUCAGAUCUCACUGAAUACCCACAUACCCAUCAAUACCUGAUCUUUUCGACCUCAGCUACGGUUCCACCUGCUAUCAUUGGCGUCCUCGAGGGAGUUCAAGCUGCCGCCGAUGGGUACCCAGUUUCCGACUUGCUCAACACCUUACAUGAUGCGCUGGAGAAGACUCUCGCAGCUGGCAGUCAUGAAGACCCAUCCAAGAAUCCCAGUGGAGUUGACUACCCUACUGAUGACGAUGCCAUGUCCGCGGACUCUGAAGCAGAAUCUGAGAAUGAAGUCCACUGGGAUGAUGGCUUUUUUGACGAAGAUCAGCAGUUCUUUGGAUCAGUCCAUAAAAUUGUCAGCAAAUCAUCCACCCUCCGACCAGAUCUUCGCACUACAAAGGCAGCAGGCUUUAAAGUAGGCUACCUGGGCGAUCCGAAGGGUUCCCUCAUAAUUUCAAUCUCCUGUCGUAUAUCGAAACUAGGCAUUUCAGAGGAAGCGAUGCAGGCAUGGGACGUGAAGAGCAAUCAAUAUUUAGUUCUUUUGCUCCGCUUUCCGAACAGGUACGUCAACGCAGAUUAUCUGCUAGAAGCGUCGAACGAUGGGUCGCUGGUUCAGAUGCAUGUUGGUCUCUGUGCUUCAUAUAAACCAAGCGUGACAGAAGCGCUCCAGGCAUUUGCACGCACAUCUACCUCCUAUUUACCGACCUUAGAACUCAUGUCAGAGUCUGAUAACUUGGGAAAGCUACUUCCAUUGUUCUUGGAGAUACCUCUAGGAUCGCUUCUCAACGAACGAUUUAUCACAAUCCUCAAGCUUCGACAUCGUUAUGCCCUCUCAUGGUCUGGUGCAGAAUCUUUGUUCAACGACAGCCAGGGUUUAAUUGCGGUAGACCAAAAUCCUCAAGAGAAUCAUGCAUUGUAUCGUUGUAAGGACGAAUGGAGCGAGACCGUUCCGCACUUGGUUCAAGACGAUCAUUUCACCAGCGCAAAUGAUCCAGAGUCUCUGUCUUUUCCAUUACUCGCUAUACAAUUCACUCUUCGGCAUUUUGUCAAAUGCACCGAGUUCUGUCUCGUCUGCCAUUGCAAAAUCGACACUAACUUUGAGGCGCUUAAACCCUACGUUUGCUCCAAACCUUUGUGCCUCUAUCAAUAUAUGGCUCUGGGAAUGGGUCCCAGCUUAGAAUGGGAGAUUACUCGGCAGCCUCUCGUGAUCGACCUCCUCAUCAGCUUUGCAUAUGCAAGUGCAACUGCUGGGGCAAUGGAAGAACUGCCAGUAGGCCUCAGAAUGAUGGUUCCUCCAAUUCAUAAACCCAAUAGCUGGUUAUCCGGCUCCUUUUACCGGUCAAACAAACAGCUUACGGUAGAUGACCACGAUCAGAAAGUCACAAUCAAGGAGGGUGACUGGAUUUUGAUAGACAUGUCUGGUGCUGGACAGUACUGCUAUUGCCGAGUUGAGCGCACAGACAGAUGGCCGAUUGUUGAAAUUCUAGAACCGGUCACAUAUAAUACAUCCGAUACUGCAACACCCGGAGAUAACGAGUCCUUGCUUGUCAAGUUCGCUCUACAUGACGUGAAUUUCGAUGAUAUUGAAAGUGCAGCCCAGAAGCAAACGGUCAUCGUAGCUUUGCUACAAUCACUGCCGGACGUCUUGUCGAUGAAGUCGUGGCUUGAAUCGGCGCCGCCGGGGUCUAGAAGCUUAGCGGCGUGGAAGAAUGUGCCACCAGCGGCUCUCGAUCUCUUGCGAUGGAUUGUAGCGUCCAAUAGAUCUUGCAUCAUGCAGGAUGGUGAUAUUACAGAACAAGCAGAGGGCACUUCAUCCCACAAUCUGGUCACCGGCAUGAAAGGAUACUUACAGUUCCGUUUCGCUCAAGGCUCACCCGACAAGGAAGAAAAAUUUGUUUCUGCUGUUAGUGACAAUUCGAACGACACCAAACACCCGACCAUCUUCGCUUGGCAUGGGAGUAGCCUCUCGAACUGGCACAGUAUUAUCCGGGAAGGAUUACAUUUCAAGAAGACUACAAAUGGUCGAGCUUUUGGGCAUGGUGUUUAUAUGGCUCAACAAUUUCACUAUUCACUGGGUUAUUCGGGGCGGGCUGGCUUCUCAGGGAUACCGGGGAUGCGAACGUGCUCUAAAUGGCCGAAGAGUAUCCUCAAUGUGAAUGUUGCAGUGUCUUUGAACGAGGUAGUAAACAGGCCACAUGACUUUGUCAACAGCUCAAACGGCGUCUAUGUUGUGAACCGUAUAGAAUGGAUUCAGACUCGAUAUCUAUUUGUUGACUGCCAGAAGCCCGCGGGAAACGUCAACGCUCAACCCACAACACCAGUGGAUACUACAUUCGAGGGUGAUGAUGCCUACUACGUUCAAGACCCAAAGCAUACGGCUAUGGGGAGUGAUGGUAAACAAAUCAGGAUUCCGAUGACUAUUUUUAGUCGAUGCCGGCGCAAUCUAGCGCUGGAGAGCCAUCAACAUAAGGAAUCGCCCAAGACAAAAGGCAAGAGCAAAAAGUGUAAAAAAGCCAGCAGCAGAAAGAGGAAGAUCGGAACGCCUGAAAUCAUCCCGAAUGAUGGUCCUGAAUAUGACGAUGACGAUGUUGCAAGCGUGGCGACAUUGGCGGAAGAUCUUGCAGUCUUGUUCUCAGAUGCGGAAGAAGAUAGUGAAUCAGAGACAUUGAAGGCAAUCAAGAAGUUGAAAGCAUCGACAUCCACAGAGAAGGCGAAGGUAAAGGCGAAGAAUUCAGCGUUGACGCCAUUUGAGCCUGGUACACUCACCGAGUCAUCGGUAACGCUUCUUGAGCCACCAGCGUACGCAAGCAGUUCGGCCACAAAAACUCUACAACAACGUCUUCUUCAAGCACUCAAGGUGCAGGAGCAGACACCACCGGAUGAAUUAGGAUGGUGCAUUGACCCGCAACUCAUCAAUAAUCCCUACCAAUGGAUCGUGGAACUUCAUUCUUUCGAACUGUCGCUCCCCUUAGGUCAAGAUCUCCAAAAGGCGGGCCUACAAAGCGUGGUCCUUGAAAUGCGCUUCCCUCACGACUUUCCCAUGUCUCCUCCGUUCGUCCGCGUUAUCCGGCCACGAUUUCUCGAAUUCAACGCUGGAGGUGGUGGUCACAUUACCAUGGGCGGAGCGCUGUGUAUGGAAUUACUCACCGGCUCGGGGUGGUUGCCAACGUUCUCCAUUGAGAAUGUCCUACUCUCGAUUCGGCUUGCGCUGUGCUCCGUGGAUCCUAAACCAGCACGUUUGGCGAAUAGUGCUAGUCGGUUUGGAUCUUCUUCGGCGCGAGGUGGUGAUUACUCAGUUCAGGAGGCAGUGGCUGCUUAUACUCGGGCUUGUAGGGCGCAUGGAUGGGAAAUCCCAAAGAACUUUGAGGCGAUGGCAUGGUAG